AUGGUAAAGAUUGAACCUUCCGAUCUUAGCCAAGAUGACAUUGAGAUUGGAUUGAUGGACUGGAUUUCUGAUCACGAUGACGAAUUCGAUGAAUCAGAGACCAGACGUUAUAGUGAAAAUGAGGCUCCUAUAACUAUAGAUACAUCAUUUCAAAGAACUCUAAUAGUUCUUGGAAUCCCUCAAGUGGGCCCAGAGAAAUAUGAUAGAUUGGUGAAAAUCGUUAAAAAAACUAUAACCAAAGAAUUUGAAAAAAGAGAUUGCGACAUUAAUCCUGACUUCACUGUUGAGAUUCCAAGGGAUGAUACUAAUCAUACCAGAGGUCUAGCUUUUUUUACAUUUUCAACGCCAUUUGAGGCUAAUGCAGCUCUAAAAUAUGUAAACAAUUUCAAAUUGGAUCCUAUGCAUACUUACAAAGCGGCUUUAUUGGACAAUUUCGACUAUAUUGUCAGUGAUGAAAACAAAUGUAUACCUCCACUAAAGACAUUUGGAUUUACGAGGGAUGGUGUCCGUGAUUGGUGGUUGGAUGGAGACAGAAUGAAAGAUCAAUUCGUUAUUAGAUAUGCAGAUAAGACCGAAAUCCACUGGUUUGAUCAAUUGGAAAGAGAACCUUCACUGUUAUAUGACGGUGCAAAGGAGAGAGCUGAGGGGAAAAGAAUAUGGACGGAUCUAAGAGUAGAAUGGAGUCCAAGCGGAUCAUACCUAGCUGUUUACAAGAGACCUGGUAUAGCUUUAUACGGAGGUAAUAAUUUCGAGUUAAAGAUUCGUUAUGAGCAUAAAAAUGUUUCUCACAUACAAUUUUCACCUGGUGAAGAAUAUUUACUUACUUGGGAUGGUCUAAAGGCUGCAGAUAAACAUGAGAAAUCAAUUUGCGUUUGGAGAGUUAUAACAGGAGAUUUAUUGCGCAGCUUCCCUACACCAUUGAUGUCUCCAAAGGGUGGUGACUUUCCACAUCUCUUAUGGAAUCAUGAUGGAAAGUAUAUCGCAAUGUUGAAUCAGACUAGUGAUGGUAGUGAAAUUUUGGUGUAUCAACUCCCUGAUAUGACCCUUAUUGAGGGACCUAACGGAAAACCUGCUCCGUUGAAAUAUGCCGCAGAAAAAUUUGAUUGGUCACCUGCAGAUGACAUUUUAUCUGUUGUUAUACCAGGUUCAUUGGAUACACCAGCGAGACUCGUUCUUUUGGAAAUACCUUCUCGUCGUGAACUUAGCUCUAGGAAUGUUUACAAUGUUUGUGGUUCUGCUAUGCACUGGCAAGCAAAUGGUGACUGUCUCUGUCUUAGGACAACUAUUUCUAAAAAGACUGGUAAGAAGGGCAGAAAACAAUUCAACCAACUUGAAAUUUUCCGUCUAAGGGAGAGAAAUAUACCUGUUGACACUAUACAGAUUGAAGAUGUAACUGUUAAGCAGCUUCAUUGGGAAGAAGGAGGAAGCAAAAGGUUCGCUCUUAUUGUAAAGGAUGAGGAAACUCGCAGUCAUUCUAUUCGUUUCUACAAAGUUUCUGAUGUUGGAGCCACUAGAGACACUGUAUGGAUUACAACAUUCGACAUAACGUCUCAACUAAAUCAUAUGCAAUGGUCCCCUGCCGGAAAUUACUUUGUAUUGGCUGGCUUUGGUGCUGAGGGUAUGCUCUUUUUCUGCUCCCUAAAUGAUAACGAUAAGGUUGAGCUCCUCUACAAGGAUGAGCACUUUAUGAUGAACACAGUAAGAUGGAGCAGUUGUGGAAGAUACUUGGCAACAUGUGCAAAUGUGCCAAUGCCACAACACGGUGGCGGAUCAACAUCGGACACAUUCAGGUAUAUAGCUGAAGCAGGAUAUUGUCUCUGGACUUUCCAAGGAAAACUGCUCUACAAGAUUAAGAAGGAAAACUUCUACUUGUUUGAAUUUAGACCACAUCCUCCUCCACUACUAAAACCUCAGGAAAUCGAUAAGAUUAAAAAGAAUUUGAGAGAAUAUACCAAGAAAUACGAUGCAAUAGAUGAGAAGGCUAGAAAUGAGUACAGGGAAGCCUUUAUGCAGAAACGUAAGCAUAAUCUAGACACAUUCCGCUCCCAAAUGAAUACUGUAUUCCAAUGGUACAUGGCACAAGAGCGCUAUCAGGAAUUUAAGACUGGUUGGGACAAAUAUUACAAUCCAACAGACUGGGAAUUUAGCGAGGAAGUUUACGAAGAGGUAUUAAACGUUAAGGAGGAGGUUAUAGAAUGA